GAGAAAUGAGUGAGAGGAAGGGGAAAAUAAUGUAUACUAUUUUGGACAUGUUGAGUUUGAAACGACUAUAAGACAUUGAGUUUGAAAUGUCCAGUGGCAGAUGAUGAGUCAAAAUAGGGGUUCUGAGAAGGAUGACUAAUGAGAGGAGAAACAAGAAAAAGCUAUGUCAUGAAAUUCCAAACAGGCAAGAGGAUCUAGCAAGAUAGAAUGAUCAACAGGGUCAAAUGCUGGAGGAUGGUAAAGAAGACUGAGGAAUGAGAAAAGCUCAUUAGCUUUAGCAAAAAAGAAAUCAUGGGGGCAGAGAGAAGUCAAGAUGGCAAAGAGAGAAGCACUGUUGUCUAGCUCACCCAGUACACUUCUUCCACAAUAACCUAGAAAUGCAUCCGUUCAAAUGAUGAUCUGGAAAAUGAAUAAAACCAUCAUUGGUAACUUUGAAGAAAUCAAUUGCAAUUAAGUGAUAAGCAUGGAAGCAAAUUUCAAAGGAUUAAGAAUUAAGAGGAGAGUUAGGGGAGGCAAGGAAAAUAGAAAGUUUUUUCUAAGAGUUUGAGAAAUAGAAGAUUUAAAAUGAUAGCAUUUAAGGACAGGAAGGUGGUAAAGGGAUUUUUGUUUGCUUGGUUUUUAGGAUAGAGAAGGCUUGAGCACAUUUGUAGACAGCAGGAAAGGAAUGACAGAUAAGGAGAGAUUGGAGUUAAUAUGAAAGUUCAAGAAAAGAUGGAUUUUUGUGAAAGCAAUCCAUAAGAAAAGGAAGGAAAAAUUGGGAUGACAGGCACAUACGGAAGGAUAACUUUGGGAGAGCAGUCCACUUAACCAGCAGAAACUAGCAAGAAAUGAUAUCUAAGGGUCGCAGGUAUGAGGAGAGGAGGGAAAAGAAGUUCAUGGCAAAUAACUGACCUGCUUUUCAAUGAAAUAUGAUGCAAAAUUCUCUGCUGAUAAGAUGGAUGUAUGGGGGGAAGGUGGAGAGCAGGGAUGGAGAUGAGGAUCUGUUUUUAAUAUAGCUGUUCUGAGUAGUGAAAAGUAAAAUGAUUGUUCUGCUAUAGCCAGACAGUGUUUUGUUGAGACCAGAUAACAGAAAUUUGUAGUAGAUUCACCAGCUUAGCAACAGAUGAAUGAAUAGCAUCACUCACACACCAUUUAUUUAUUUUUCUUUUUUUGCUGAGGCAAUUGGGGUUAAGUGAUUUGCCCAGGGUCACACAACUAGAAAGUGUUAAGUGUCUGAGGCCAGAUUUGAUCUCAGGUCCUCCUGACUGCAGGGCUGGUGCUCUAUCCACUGCCCCAUAUAGCUGCUCCUCACUUAGCAUUUAUUAAUGGUGACUAUGUGACACCAUUGGUCUAAGUACUGGAGCAGAAGUAGGUGGUAGGAAUGAUCCGAGGUUAGGGUUUGGCAAAGAUUCGAGUGAUGAAGGGCAAAGUGGUGAGGAAUUUCACAGGAGAGAUCUGGUUAGCUAUGGGGUCAAGCUUGGGAAGUGAAAUCAAAGCACGUAAACAGAUAUCUUGGAAGUCAGGACUGGAAGAACUGAAGUCAGGAUGCAAUGAAGAAUGAAAUCAGCUGUAAGGCAGAGAGAGAGAAAAAACAAAGAGAUUGUGGUCAGAGAAAGUAAUUUCUGAAUUCUUGAGGACAGAAGUGGAACAUGUGUGGGUGACAGUGAAAUCAAGGGUAUGUUAGUCCUUAUAGUUGCUGAGUUAGAAGAAAAAACUAGGUCCUGAAACUUUAGGUGAUUGAGGAAUUGGAAGGCCAUUGCAUAAGAGGGAAUAUCAGUGGGCAUGUUGAGGUCCCUUUGUAUAAAGGCAGGAACUGAGGUGGUUCAAAGGAAGACUCUGAGCCAGGUAUCAAGCUCCUUGAGAAAGAAGGGGAUAGAUGACUCCCAGGAUCUGAAUUGUGUGAUAGACGCAAUUUGGAUAGACAUCUGAGAGGUCCAAUGGAUAGAGCUCUGGACCUGCAGUCAGGAAGACCUGCAAUUAAAUCUAGUCUGACACUUAAUGUCUGGUAACGUGGGCAAGUCACUUAAUCCUUAUGUGCCUCAGUUUCCUCAAUUGUAAAAUAAGGAUAAUAAUAGCACCUUUCUCCCAGGGUGGUUGUCUCAAAUAAGAUAUUUGCAAAGUACUCAGCAUAGCAACAGAAUACCAGAAUUUGAGAAUUGGAAGAAAACUCAGCAGUCACUGGCCUGAGUCGUGCCAGAAAAAGAAUUCCCACUCAGCAUCUGUGACAAGUAGUGAUCCAACUUCUUCUGGAAGAUUUCCAAUGAAUUGGAGCCCAUUCUCUCUAAAGGCAGCUAAUCAUGCUUGGGGUAACCUAUAACAGGUUAAACAAGCUUAAAUGAUCUCCAUCACCUAUUGUUCUUUUUCUUACUCUCUAGCCCUAAAUGCUGUGAUUUUUUUUUUUUUUUAAUUUCCUCACUGUGGGAACAUGUGAAGAGUACUAAGCAAACAAAUGAAGCCCAGGCACCAAAGCUGGGCAGGGAACAUUGCCCAUAGAACCACCAGUUCCUCCUCCCCCACCUCCAGUUCCACUACUCAAGCUUUUUGUUUAGCAGAAAGGAAGCAGACCUUAACCCUAACCGUUGGUCAAGGGUCGGUGGCUUCCUGUCGGGGUGGGAACUGGUGAUUUCACUUAGAUCAGAGAUGCCUCUUUAGGGACUGGAAAACUGGGUCAUGGGCCCAUCCUUCUGAGCCUCUUGCUCACGAGUAGCUUCCAUGCUGGAGUCACGGUUCAGGAGCCAAUACUUCCUCUGAGGUAAGCUUCUACUCAGAAACUCAGCCUACACCCCCACUUCCCGGAAGACAGGAGGCAGCUCUGCUUCUCUGCAAUCCUGCUGCCGCUACCCACCCCAGGCCUUCUAUGGCACUCCUCAAAGCGUGGCCUAAGCUGUCCUUGAACCUGAUGGUGUUUGCUGUCACAUUCUCAGGGGCUCCAGGGAUCACGUGGAUAGAACCCCCAAACCCAGUGACCAUUCUUGGUGGGACACUGGUAGUGAAAUGCAGUACAGACUGUGACCAGCCACUGCUCAUCGGUUUGGAGACCCAACUUGGCAAGACACCAGAAGACAAUGGGACCAGAUGGCGAGCAUUCCGACUAAAAAACAUAACCCAGGAUAGCCUGCUUCUCUGCUUUGCCAACUGCAAUGACAAAGGCCAGAUGCUCCACAGUACCAAUGUCACUGUGAUUCAGCCGCCAGAACAUGUGAAGCUUGAGCUCCCGCCUCGAUGGAUCCUUGUGGGCCAGAACUUCACCCUUCGAUGCCAAGUCUGGGGUGGGAAACCCAGACAAAACCUGACACUGGCACUGCUUCGGGGAUCUCAAGAGCUGAGCAGGCAGGCAGUGUCUGAGCAAGACCCCAGAAAGGUAGCUGAGGUCACAUUCACAGCCACAGCCAGAAUCGAGGACCAUGGGGUCAAUUUCUCCUGCAGAGCAGAGCUGGACCUGCAACCACAAAGGCUAGGACUCUACCAGAAAAGUUCAGCCCCCAUGGAGCUCCACACCUUUGGCCUGGGUACUCCUCGCCUCACAAGCCCCAAGCUUCUGGAGGUCGGGAAGGAGGAAAAUGUAAGCUGUGAGAUUGAUGAGCUCUUCCCAGUGGAGAACGCCCAAAUCCAUCUGUCCCUGGGAGGGAGAAGCCUGAGUUCUUCAGUUACCCGGAGCCAAGACAUGCUCAGGGCCACUGCCAUAGCAGCCAUUGAAGAGGGAGACAGAGAGGGCCAGUGGGAGCUGACUUGCAUUGUGACCCUGGGGGAUCAGAACCGGGAAGGCCGGGAAAAUCUGACCAUCUACAGUUUUCCUCUGCCUAAAUUGGUGAUCAGUGAGCCCAAUGUAUCUGAGGGGACUCUAGUGAACGUGACCUGUGAAGCAAGGACGGGUGCCAAGGUGUACAUCAAUGGGACCCUACAGUCUCCUGGUGAGAUUGCCCAGCUCUCUCUGAAAGUCACUGAGGAACACGAUGGCUCCUGGAUUACCUGCCAAGCUGUCCUGGAAGUGUUGGGAGAGCAGUUAUGGAGGAACAAGAGCCAGAAGCUUCUAGUCCAGUGUGAGUACUGUCUCUUGAUCACCAACUCUUUGUGCUGCCCAGGACGUCUGGGUCUCCCCGGCCUCAGCACUACUAACCCCGUUUUCAGAUGGCCCACGGCUGGAAGAGGCCAAGUGUCCUGGGAACUGGAGCUGGCCAGAGGGGACCCAGCAGACCCUGCAGUGCAAAGCCGAUGGAAACCCCAUCCCAGCAGUGGCCUGUGUCCGGAGAGCGACCAGAGGAGCCUACCUCUCGGAGUGCCCUUGAAGGUCUCCAGGGCUCAUGGAGGCCGCUACCGCUGCACCGCCACGAGCCACAGGGGCCAAGCGGCCAAAUAUGUGACCGUGACCAUAGAGAAAUCCCCGAGGGACUCGGUGCCCGUCAUCAUGGGGGUGUUGCUGGUCGUGGGCCUCGCGGUCCUGGCGGGGACGAUCGCAGCCCUGUGCCUCCGGCAGAGUAAGCGAAGAGGCAGUUACGAGCCGCAGAAGCGAAGAGGCAGUUACGAGCCGCAGAAGCGAAGAGGCAGUUACGAGCCGCAGAUGCGAAGAGGCAGUUACGAGCCGCAGAAGCGAAGAGGCAGUUACGAGCCGCAGAUGCGAAGAGGCAGUUUCGAGCUGCAGAUGCAGCCCCUGAAAGAUCCGCAAGCCGACUGAGCGACCGCCGCCGACCGGUCUUAGAGGUCCAAACCCGGAAGCUUCAGCCUAGAUCAAUAAACUCUACUAACAGA